AUGUUUGUGGAGGCCGUCGUCCGAUGGGGGGCGUGGAGCACCCUGCUCCUCUGGGUGGGCGUGUCCACGGGCGGCUCCCUGGCCAGCUCCUCCCCCUGGCCCUGCCCCCAGCGCUGUGACUGCCAGCAGGAGCGUCUGGAGGUGAACUGCUCCGCCCGGCACCUCUCCUCCGCCCCCGAGGGCUUCCCCCGCGACGCCCUGCGGCUCGACCUCUCCCGAAACCGGCUCAAGUCCCUGUCCCGGCGGCAGUUCGCCGGCCUGUCCGUGCUCCGGGAGCUGGACCUCAGCCACAACGUCCUGUCCGUGCUGGAGGUGGAGGCCUUCCAGGGCCUUCUGAGCCUCCAGACCCUCCACCUGAGGGGCAACCGCCUCAAAAUCAUCCCCGUCGGGGUGUUCUCGGGCCUGCCCGGCCUCCGGCUGCUGGACCUGUCCCAGAACGAGAUCCUGGUCUUCCUGGAUUUCACCUUCCGGGAGCUGGGCAGCCUGCGGAGGCUGGAGGCCGGGGAGAACGACCUGGUCUUCAUCUCGCCCCGGGCGUUCGUGGGCCUGCCCGCCCUCACCGAGCUCAACCUGGACCGCUGCAAUCUGACCUCCGUCCCCACGGAGGCGCUGUCCCAGCUGCAGGGCCUCUCCUGGCUCCGCUUCCGCAGGCUGAGCCUCAGCUCCCUGCCCAACAACUCGUUCCGGAGGCUGGCGCGCCUGCGGGAGCUGACCGUAGCCCAGUGCACCUCGCUGGACACCCUGGCCCCCAACAGCUUGCUCGGGCUCAACCUCACCUCCCUCACCAUCACCGGCUGCAACCUCACCUCGGUCCCCUACGCGCCCGUACACCACCUGGUCUACCUGCGGUACCUGGACCUCUCCCACAACCCCAUCUCCGCCGUGCGGGCCCACCUGCUGGGGGACCUCCUCCGGCUGCAGGAGCUGCACCUGGUGGGGACGGGGCUCCUGCGGGUGGAGCCCGGGGCCUUCCGGGGCCUGGCCCACUUCCGGCUCCUCAACGUCUCGUCCAACCGGCUGGCCACCCUGGAGGAGGGCGCCUUCCACUCGGUGGGCAACCUGGACGUCCUGAGGCUGGACAGGAACCCGCUGGCGUGCGACUGCCGCCUGCUGUGGGUGGUCCGUCGCCGGGUCCGCCUGGACUUCGACGGGCGCCCGCCCGCCUGCCACACCCCCGUCCGGGCGCAGGGGCGCGAGUUCCGCGGCUUCUCCGAGGCCGAGCUCCCGGGCCUCUUCACCUGCAGGCCGGCGCGGAUCCUCAACCGCAAGCCCCAGGAGGUGAGGGUGGAGGAGGGCCACACGGUGCUGUUCUCCUGCAAGGCCGAUGGGGACCCCGUCCCCGACAUCUCCUGGCUGACCCCCCAGAUGGUCCCGCUCGCCCCGGCCGGGCGCAUCCGGGUGCUGCCCAACGGGACGCUGGAGGUGCGCUACGCCCAGGUGCAGGACAGCGGCACCUACCUGUGCGUGGCCUCCAACGCCGCCGGCAACCAGAGCUUCUCCGUCGGCCUGCACGUGCGCGGCUUCUCCUCCUCGUCCGCCGCGUCCCGCAACCGCACCGCGCACUUCUUCUCCGAGGGCUGGGCCCCUCCCCCGCCGGCGGGGUACCCCGCCCCCGCCCACGGCAACGGCUCCCUGGCGCCGCCGCCGUUCCCCUUCGACGCCAAGACGCUGGUGAUCGCCGUGACGAUGGGCUUCCUGUCCUUCCUGAGCUCGGUGGUCAUCUGCUUCGUCUUCAUGUUCUUCUGGAGCCAGAGCAAAGGGCAGCUCAAGCACACGGCCACCAUCGACUUCGUGCCCCGCCCCGCGGGCGGCGGGGCAGCCCGGCACGGGGGCGACCGCUUCGAGACCGGGAGGUUCACCAUGAAGCUCAUCUGAGAACGCGAUUGGGCGGAAGGGGGCGAUGGGGGCCUAUACCCUCCCCCAGGUUGGUGAUGUGGUCCAAGCUACUGCAGUAAAGCCAGGAGGCCCCCCCCCCCCCAAGCAACAGGGUGGAGUCUUGGUUAAUCGGUUCGGCGAUGUAGGUGGUGAACGCUCCUCAACUGACGUGUGUGGCACAGAUUGAGAGAUCCUGUUAUUGCUGAGCUGUGUCACCAGAGCUGUCUGCUCUCGGGAGUUAUAAACUCGGCCUCUUGGGGUUUUUUUACAUGGACAUUUCACUGUGGCGCUGUGUACAUUGUAAGUCACACAGCUGCACAACACUGGAGGUUUGUACACUAUUAUAUUGCCAUAUUUGACAUUUCGUAGAUGCACUUAUACAAAGCGACUGUAUUUAUGAUUUUUUUUACAUUAUUUUAUGUAUUUAUUUAUUUUUACAUACAAUGCAUUUAUACAGCUUGGUCAACAUAGAACAUCAAGGUAUUAAAUGGCCUUUCAGCAAAAAAACAGUCCUGCCAGCCGCCAUUUGUGAAAGAUGAGGUGAUUGCCUUACUGUGUAUAACUGAAAGAAGCAUUCGCCACUGGCAAAAACGGCAACGUAAAAAAAAUGUCAAGCGAUUACAAAUGUGAUAAUUGAUCAGGAUGAUUAUCAUGAAGCAAUUUUCUAUCAUUAAAUAAAUGGGUAUAUACGAUUGAACUGUAAUGGUAUAUACUCCUACAUGCAUAGACCAGGUUAACGGAAAUGACAUCGUGCACCUCUCUCUGUUUUGCCACAGCAUUUGUGGAAGAACUCCUGCGUUUGGACAAAUAAAAAACGCUUGUAUUACA